AUGGAGCGAUUGUCGCUCAACGACAGCCCUGCCAAUGCGCAGCAGCGCAACUCCCAGCAGUUCUCCCAGCAGACUCCUCUUGGUCCUGGUGGCCAGAACCAGCCCACCUCUGGCCCACCCCAGCUCCCCCCGCAGAUGUUCACCACUGCCGCACAAUUACUUGAUUUGACAGAUAAAAAGCUAGUGCUUGUUCUGCGCGAUGGGAGGAAAUUGAUCGGUGUUUUGCGAAGCUGGGACCAGUUCGCGAACCUUUUCUUCCAGGAUACCGUUGAGCGCAUCUACGCUGGAAACCUCUACGCUGAUGUCCCGCGCGGCGUCUUCCUCGUGCGUGGCGAGAAUGUCCUCUUGCUCGGUGAAGUGGAUUUGGACCGCGAAGAUGAAAUUCCUACUACGAUAACCAAGGCUCCCUUCGAAGAAGUCUUUGCGCUUAAGAAGAAGGAAGACAACCAGCGCAAGACCGGUGAUAAGAAGCGGUACAAGGAGCUGUCCGCUCUGGGUUUUGAGCCUGAGCACAGCGGAGAGAUCCUAUUCUAG